GAAUGGUCAGAGAUGAGAUUGCCAAUAUCUGCGUUUCAGAGGUUCUCUUGUCAUGCCGAGAGGUGGUCUUCUCAUGACACGCCACGGCUGGGUACUACUUAUAGGGCUCCCCACACAAGUUUCUGCAGCAGUUUGACAUCCAAAGAUGCCCCCUCUCUGCGAUUGUAAUCAAAUUCUCCGCAGACGUACGCCCUCUGAAGAGAAGAAAACUCCAGAGCCUCCCUUCAGCGGUGCUGCACCCGCCACCCGGCAUCUGUUCGGCGUGUCCCGUACUAGUCGACUAUGCCUUCUUAUCGUCUCUGUAGCGCUUUCACUGUACUUCUUCGUCCAGCGUCCAUCAUCAGACGAUCUACCUGGAUCUUACGCUGUAUGCUCCCCGAGCGGAGCCUAUAUAUAUACUGCGGAUGACACCAAUACUCGAGUACAGUGUCUCGUUGUCCAUCGGUCACAUUUUGUGGAUACAGGGUCUCUAGACGACGUCCGGCGGCGAUGGUCUGAGGCAACUCGCCAGUCAAAACGUUCGGAUAACGCCUUGCCACGCCAACUUGAGAUCCGAUACAUUAAACCUGGCCAGGUUGUACUGCCGGGGUUGAGCGAUUCUCAUGCCCAUAUUCUUGAGUACGGAGCGAUGAAGCAAAUGCCAAUGGAGGAUGCACGCACUGUUGAGGAGACUGUGCGGCGCGUCCGAGAAUACAUACUGUCCGACCCAGAUCUCAAGCAUGACAAGACGAAGUUCGUGGAGGGCUGGGGUUGGGACCACACAAACUGGGAACGUGACGAUUGGCCAAGCUUUGAACACCUCGAAGCAGACCCGGUUGUAGCAGGACGGCCUAUCGUGCUCCAGAGCAAAGACGGACAUGCCCUCUGGGUCUCCUCGCUUGUCCUGCAAUCGAUGGAGCCGUUACCAGAUGAGGUGGAAGGCGGCGCAAUCAUUCGCAAUUCGUCCGGAAGAGCACUCGGUGUGUUUUUGGAUAACGCGCAGGAACUGGUCAAACGACCGAUCCCAACGUACAAAGCGCUGGAGAAGCGAUUCGCGGCGACUGUUCGGGAUGCGCUCUCUCACGGCUUGACAACCAUUCAUGAUGCAGGCUUCGAUCCUAUGUCGUUGAACUUCUUUCGCCGGCAGGCCGACGAGGGAAGACUGCCCAUCCGCAUCUAUGGAAUGACAUAUUUUGACGAGAGCGCGGAAUAUUGGGGAGAUAAUGCUGUCAAAGUACUCGGUGCCGGCGAUAACAGGUUGUGGGCGCGUAGUGUCAAGAUAUUCGCGGAUGGUGCCCUCCGCUCUGGAGGGGCAGCUCUCUACGCACCCUAUGCGGACAAUCCUGACAGUCGAGGACUGAUGCGCAUAGAACCAGAGGUGUUGAAGACGGUGAUACCAAGGUUCAUGCGCGACGGUUGGCAAGUGAAUGUCCAUGCAAUCGGCGACCGUGCGAAUGGCAUGGUUUUGGAUGCGUUCGAGGAGGCUCUGAAGCAUGCCAACGUGACUGCUCUUCGACCUCGCCUUGAACAUGCGCAGAUACUAGCAGAAGCUGAUAUGGCCCGCUUUGGUGACCUUGGAGUUAUCGCGAGCAUUCAACCCACACACGCUAUCAGCGACAUGUGGUUCGGCGAAGAACGACUGGGCCCAGAGCGUGUCAAGGGCCUUUACGCUUUCCGCAGCAUCCUCGAUCAUGGUGCCCGCAUCACUUUGGGUUCUGACAGUCCCGUGGAGGAGAUUAACCCGCUCGCGGGGUUCUACGCAGCCGUCACAAGACUGUCAAAGGAUGGCAGGUCUCCCCAUGGCCCAGGAGGUUGGUUCCCCGAACAGCGGAUGACGCGAGAGGAGGCGCUGAGAGGCAUGACGAUCGAUCCAGCAUAUGCCUCAUUUACAGAUGGAAUCCUUGGCUCCGUAACCGCGGGAAAGCGUGCGGACUAUGUCAUCCUAUCGCAGGAUAUCAUGACUAUCCCUCCCGAGAACAUUCUGGAUGCCCGGGUUGUUGCCACAGUCAUCGAUGGCAGGCUUGUGUACGGUAUGGUGUAGCCUAAGAAUAUCAUGAUCAAACAAGUGGAUUAGUAUAAAUUUCGAAAACUAUUGCGCA